UCUCCUCCCGACCUUGAUCCCGUCUCGUCCUGAUCCCAUCCCAUGCCCUCCCCUCUACGGGCUGUCCCCAUCCCGUCCCGUUCCCGUCCCACCUCCUCCACGUUCUACCCCAUCCCAUUCUGAUCCCAUCCCCUCGUCAUGUCCUCUUCCCACCUCAUCCCACCCCAUUCCCAUCCCACCCUGGCCCCCCCCAUCCAAUUCUGAUCCCAUCCCCUCCCCAUCACAUCCCACACUGUCCCCAUCCCAUUCCAUUUCUAUCCCAUGUUGUUCCCAUCCCAUCCUACCCUGAUCCCAUCCUCCCCAUCACAUCCCAUCCCCAACCCCAUCCCAUCCUCCACAUCCCCACCCCCCAUCCCGAUGCUAUCCUGCCCCGUCCGUGUACCAUCCUGCCCUGCCCCAUACCACACCACCUUGAUCCCACCCCACUGUCCCCACCUUACACCAUCCUACCCCCCUAUCCUGAUCCCAUCCCACUCUGACUCCCUGCCCUCAUCCCCCAGCUCCCUGCCCUAGGGGGAGUUCCCCCCAUCUCCCUGCUCCCCAAGAAGGGCAGACCUGGCACCCCCUCCCCAGAACACCCUUCUCCCACCCCACCAGCUGCAGCUGGGGUGGCUGCCUCAUCCCACCCAUCUGUGGGCACUUAAGAGCCAGGGCUGGCUGGGGGGAGCCUGGGCUAGCCAGUAUGGCUACUGGGGAACAGCGCAGGCAAGAGGAGCGGCAGCGCCGGCGGCGAAGGGUUCAGCAGCAAGAGAUGCUCCUGGCAGAGAGCCUGGGCAAGCACCCCCUGCAGAACAGGUGGGCACUGUGGUUCUUCAAGAAUGACAAGAGCAAGAUGUGGCAGGCAAACCUGCGCCUUGUCACCAAGUUCAGCACUGUGGAGGACUUCUGGGCGCUGUACAGCCACAUCCAGCUCGCCAGCAAGCUGACAUCUGGCUGCGACUACUCCCUCUUCAAGGAUGGCAUCGAGCCCAUGUGGGAGGACAGCCAGAACAAGCGUGGUGGGCGCUGGCUCAUCACCCUGGCCAAACAGCAGCGGCACACUGAGCUGGACCGUUUCUGGCUGGAGACGGUGAGUGUGGCCCCGCUCGGGCUGGUCUGCAGGGUCCUGGCAGUGGUGUUUCCCCCUGCCACAGCACCGAGCCCCAGUGGGCAUUGUCCUGAGCUCCCCUUCUCCUGGCAGCUGCUAUGCCUCAUUGGGGAGAUGUUUGAUGAGUACAGCGACGAGGUGUGCGGGGCCGUCAUCAACAUCCGUGCCAAGGGGGACAAGAUUGCCAUCUGGACCCGGGAAGCGGAGAACCGGGAAGGAGUCACCCACAUCGGGCGCGUCUACAAGGAGCACCUGGGCUUGUCGCAGAAGGUGGCCAUUGGGUACCAGGCCCAUGCAGACACGGCCACCAAGAGCAGCUCCCUCACCAAGACCAAGUUUGUAGUGUGACUGCAGGAGCGGGAUGCUGCCUGUGGAGUCCCCCUCUCCCAUCCCACAAUGAAUGGCUGCAGCUGAGCACAGUCUGUGUGUCCAGGGCUGGGC